UACUCAGCCGCCCUAAAAACAAAUUACCACAAUAGUAACGAAACAACAACAAUAAAGAAAAACCCUAUUAACAAAACAGGAAACACCAAUAAAUUCACGUUUGAAGACCUUAAUAAUGACUCAAUGAAACUAUUUGGGAAAAAUAUUGAGGACUGCAUAGAAAUAAUGCAAGAAACCAUACAGAAGUACCCAAGCAAUCACAGCCAAAACACUAAAAAACAAAUAUUACUUGAUUUUAUCGUAAAAAUAUCACAAUGAAGUUUAAAUGUAUAUUCCAAAAUGUAAACGGACUUAGACAGCUUUACAAACGAGCUGAGCUUGAGAAAUUUAUUCUAAAGCACAGGCCAAAUGCCAUGCUUAUAGCAGAACAUCGCCUAUCCGACACCCAUAACCCCAAUCUCUCACAAUACCAAUUUACCCGCCAAAGACCAAACAAUCAGCCAGAAACCAAAAAUCGAUACUCCAAAGCCUCAGUAGCCAUUGCAACAAAAAACGGAAUGAAAUAUCAACAGCUGAACCUACCAGCCACAAUCAACAUCGAAGCAGUUGCAAUCCAAAUCUGUUACCUAAAUCGACGACAAGAAAGGCACAGCAUUGUAUUAGUCACACUAUACAAAAGACCAGGGACUCUGCUUCACACAGGAGACCUAAACAAUAUAAUAAACCAUAUAAAUGAACAGACCAACAAUAGCCCAAUAAUAAUCGGAUGUGAUCUUAAUGCGAAACACCCUAGCUGGCAUAUACCAAACCAUAACCCCAGACACCUUAAUUCAAAUGGACAAUUACUUUACGAUUGGCUCACAAACCAACCCAAUCUUACAUUACUUUCAACAAUAGAACCCACCCGGCCCAACCAAAUAAUAGACUCAUCAAUAGACUUUUUUAUAUGUUCAAACGAAUUAUCAAUAGAAACUGGCAAUAUAUGCAAAAUAACCAAAGACUUCCCAUCAGACCAUUUUGGAGUAGAAAUUAAACUAAAUCUUGAACCGUUUGUACUAGAGGAAAUAGACCCGAAAAAAAUCUACAACUUUAAACAAAUGGACUCGUUAAUAUGGAACAGGACCAUCCUAACAAAUCUAUCACCAGUCCCAAAUUGCCUGAACCAAACCUCCAAACAGAUCGACAACCACAUAAUUAAACUUAAUCAAGCAAUAGAUAAAGCAUUAAACUCCACCGAAGCCAUACCAAUCAUUAAAAUAGAUCCAAAAAAGCCAAACAAAAUCGUACGUCCUAGUCCUACCUGCCUGCAACUUAUAAAACACUGCCGGUAUCUCAGACGGUACCUAUUUCGACACAUAUUUUCCCUUUCAUCACAUGAAAAACAGUACAUUAACAAUGAAAUAAAACUGUUAAAAGAGGAAAUAAACAACCUACUAAAAAUCAGCCACAUAAACUACAUACAACAUAAAAUACAACACCUAAAACCAAGGAACAUAAGCUUAAAAACUCUGAAACUCACACAACCUAACCAUAGAAAUCAAAACAUAAUACUCACACCAGUUGAAAUACAAACCAUUGAUAUAACUACUCCAGCCAUCUUAAAAACAGAAUUUGAUAAAAUAAAUGGACUUGCUUGGUCCUUUGAACGAAUUCACAAGCAAAAUGACAGCCUAUCGACAGCAAACCCACAGCACCAGCCUCAUGCUAACCUAAUCCAAAGCACACUGAUGGAAACUGGCAAAAUGCGGAAGAACACGGGUUCACGAACAGCAAUCAACUUUUUGAGCUUAUAAAGAGUGGAAACGCAAAGAAAACGCUCGGUCCAGAUGGAACGAGCAACUACCUUCUAAAAAGAAUGAAUAUACCUGUACUAAGCCACAUUGCACGGAUAUUUAAUCACUGCUUAAACAUAUCAUACUUUCCUAGCAGCUGGAAAUGCAGCAAAGUAAUUGCCAUUCCAAAACCAAAAGCUAAUCAUGAAUCCCUUUUGGGAUUCAGACCAAUCUCAAUACUAUCUGCAAUAAGCCAACUACUAGAAAAAAUACUUGCCUUGAAACUAACAGAACAUCUAGAAAAUAACACAAUCCUCCAACCAUUUCAAUUUGGAUUCCGGAAAAAUAUGUCAAUAUCCCAUUCACUAGCAGCCGCUAAUAACUU